AUGGAAGCCCUUUCCAUUCUACUGCGAAGGUUGGCUUAUCUGUGCAGAUAUAACGAUAUGCUUCCUCGAUUUGGGAGGCCAGCACCUGUACUUAGCAUGGUCAGCAAUCAAGUACUUGAUUAUGUAUAUGAUGUACACAGCCACAGAAUCACGCAGUGGAAUCGCGAAAUUCUUUCGCCGCAAGCUCUUCAACUAUGUAGCGACGCUAUUGCUGCCCACGGAGCUGCCUUGAAUAACUGUUUUGGAUUUGUUGACCGAACAGUUCGUCCAAUAUGCAGGCCAGGGGAACAUCAGCAGGCGGUAUAUAAUGGUCACAAGAGAGUCCAUGCUCUAAAGUUUUAG